AUGGCUUCUACCAACUCCAAUGCUGGUGGUGUUGAAGGCAACAACUCCCAGGCUGAACUGGAAGCUUGUGUGCAGAAGAUUGACCUGAACAACUUGGAUGAGGAAAUGGCUGAAAAGGAACCUGCUGAAAACUCCCCUGCUAAGGACCCUUCAGCUGCUGAAAAUUCCAAGGAGCAGGAAGAGGAGCCUCAAGAGGAUGACAUUGAGUUGGAAGGGGAAGAUGAUAUUCUGCAUAUUGAAAUUGCUAAGCUGCAGGACCAUGCUGCUGAGCAGGAUACGCGCAUCCAGCAGCAGCAGUCACUCAUUACCAACCUCAAGAGGGAGCUCUCUGACCAGGACAACAAAAUCAAGUACCUGGAAGUUGAGCUCAAGAACAUGCAACACGACGCGCGGGAGAACGUUCAUCAGCUGGCGAGGCAGACCUCAAAGAUCAACGAGCUGCGCGAGGCGUUCAGUGCCCUCCGAAGGGAGACCAUGUAUCGCCCUGCACCACGAGCGGACCCGCCUGCCAACUCUGCUAGCGGUCGCACCAACCCUUCUCGCUCUGGUGGUGUGGCGGGUGACCCCGGACCCUGA